CAUCCGAAUAAUACAGAUCAAUAUGUUCAAGUUAGCAGUGUUGUGCGCUUUCUUAGCUGCGGCUACGGCCGAGCCUAGUGCCAUUAUUUCACCCUUGGGAUAUUCAGCUAAUAUAGUGGCACCAGCAGCGACUGUCGUCUCAAGCCAUCCCAGCAAUCUGUUCUACUCGUCGCCCUACUACUCAUCGGCACCCUUGGCUUAUACCGCGCCGUGGAGCUACUCUCAUCUCAUCAAGAAGCGAUCUGCACCUUUCGCUCUGAACAGCUACAUCACGCCCUCAGCGUACAUUGCGUCUGCUCCUCUUGCCACCACAUACGCCGCCGCUCCUUUGACCACUACAUAUGCCGCGGCCGCUCCUUUGACUACCACUUACACCGCAGCUGCUCCACUGGCAACUACUUACACCACCGCUGGACAUCUUGCGACAACCUACUCAUCACCCUUCUACGGUACCGCCGCCCAUCUGAUCAAGAAGAGGUCCGCUCCUUUCUUCGUGCCCUCUACAUACGUGGCGUCGACUCCUUAUGCCGCUGCGACUCCUUACUUCACUUCACCUUACGCAGCUGCUGGCCCAUACGUAUCAGCCCCUCUGAUCUCUUCCGCUCCUCUUGCCUACAACACCCAUUUCAUUAAGAAGCGCUCUGCUGUUUUAGCUCCAUACGUUGCUCCCACCUCCUACUCACACACAUCUAGAUUGGACUUCCAGGCUGCCUCCCCUGCCAUUACUUAUUCUUCGUACGCUGGAGCUACUCCCCUGGCUUACGCUAGGCCAAUCGCUUACCCUCACUUGUACUAAAUAAAGACGUGUGAACAUGU